AAACGUCGGUUGCACACCUCCGAUGAUGAUGUCUACCGUCUUCUUAAUCUCUCUGUUUCUCCGAUUAAUCCUGACCGUCCAUUCACACAAUUCACCACUAGAUGAACGUGAAAUUCGCCAGAAACUUUCCUUCCAUACGCCGCAGCCGUCGCAGUCGCAGUCGCCGGAAAAUAGUACUACUCUACACCUCCGGCCGUCCGGUUCAUCGUUCAAAAUUGCACUUUUCGCUGACUUGCAUUUCGGAGAAAACGCAUGGACGGACUGGGGCCCACGCCAAGACGUAAACUCCAUUAAAGUUAUGUCUACUGUGCUCGAUGAAGAACAACCAGACUUCGUAGUUUAUCUUGGUGAUGUCAUUACAGCCAACAACAUACCGAUACAAAAUGCAAGUUUAUAUUGGGAUCAAGCAAUCUCUCCGACCAGAGACAGGGGAAUUCCAUGGGCUAGCGUGUUUGGAAACCAUGACGAUAUGCCAUUUGAGUGGCCAAUGGAUUGGUUUUCAUCCACCGGAAUUCCCCCUUUUCGUUGUCCAAUGAAUGCUUCCUGUCCUAGUGAGUCUGAAGUUUCUAUUUCAGGAGGCAAAGGUUGCAGCUUCAAGGGCACAACGCGUUUGGAGCUGAUGAUGAAUGAACUAGAGAUGAAUAGAUUAUCUUACUCGAAAUUUGGUCCUAAAGAUUUAUGGCCCAGUGUUUCCAACUAUGUCCUUAAACUUUCAUCUACGGAUGACCCUGAAUCAAUCAUAACAUACAUGUAUUUCUUAGAUUCUGGUGGUGGUUCAUACCCUGAGGUAAUAUCAAAUGCCCAAGCGGAAUGGUUCAACCGCACAUCUCAAGAGAUCAAUCCUAACUCAAGGGUACCGGAGAUAAUUUUUUGGCAUAUACCAAGCCAAGCUUAUAAGACGGUUGCUCCAAGGUUUUAUGCACACAGGAAGUGUAUUGGCUCAAUGUUUGUGGAGAAAGUCGCUUCUCAAGAAGCUGAAAUGGGGAUGAUGAAGCUUCUUGAAGGAAGGUCUUCUGUGAAGGCUGUGUUUGUAGGUCAUAACCAUGGAUUAGAUUGGUGUUGUCCUUACAAGGAUUUCUGGUUAUGUUAUGCUAGACACUCAGGUUAUGGAGGAUAUGGAAACUGGCCAAGGGGAGCUAGGAUUCUAGAGAUAACACAACAACCAUUUUCUUUAAAGUCAUGGAUUCACAUGGAAGAUGGUCAUGUUCAUAGUGAAGUCCUACUGAGCUCUACAACAAGAGAGGAGUGAUCAACGGAGUUCUUUUCGGAGAUCAACCUGAAGCAAUGAAAUGUUGCUCGACUUUCUUGGAGAUCGAAGGUCUACGUUAUCCUAACUUCAAAGACGUUGGUUCAACCCUUGAAUCAUGGAGAAAUUCAAAGAGAAGAAUUAAUGAAAUAUAUACAGAGAGUUUGUACUCACAAAGAUUCAUCAAUAAAAUUAUUUUU